AGUGUAUAAUACAUACAUACGUGGAAUUUGAAUUGAGGUUUUAAUCUACAAUAUAUAAAUAAAGAUGUCUGAUUCAGUUGCUGUUGUGAAUGUAAGCUCCCCAGUAGCUACUGCUGCUACUAUUGCUGAAAAAAAAGUGGUUGCCAAAAAGGUUAAGGCAGCUAAACCCAAAAAGCCGUCGGUUGCCCCUACCCAUCCACCAACACAACAAAUGGUCGACGCAUCAAUUAAGAAUUUAAAGGAACGUGGCGGUUCAUCACUUUUGGCGAUUAAGAAAUAUAUUAGUGCGACAUACAAAUGUGAUGCCCAAAAAUUGGCACCAUUCAUUAAGCGCUAUUUGAAAUCGGCUGUUACGAGUGGCAAAUUAAUUCAAACCAAAGGAAAAGGUGCGUCCGGUUCAUUCAAACUAUCAGUUGCAGCCAGUAAAUCAAGCGAGGGAAAAUUGAAAUCAAAAGCCGUAAAAUCAGCAGAGAAGGUUAAGGCUAAAAAGAAGGCAGCAGAUAGUGGUGCAUCAAAGAAAAAAUCAUUGAGUAAAGUCAAAAAGGCGGCAAGUGGUGAGAAAAAGGUAAAAAAAUCUGUUGCCAGUAAGAAAACAGCUGAAAAGAAGAAAACUGAAAAGGCUAAGGCGAAAGAUGCAAAAAAGGGUGGUGCAUUAAAAGUGAAACCAACUAAAGCCAAAUCUGCAACUGCUAAGCCAAAAGCAACUAAAGCAAAAGCAACUGCUGCUAAAACCAAGAAGUCUGCAUCUAAUAAAAAGCCAGCCGCAAAAAAACCUACUGCAGCAGGUAAAAAGUAAAUAAUUUACGGUGUUUGUAAGUGAGUUAUAAACGGAACCUUCAUGGUAAAUUAAUAAUAAGCCCUUUUCA